UAGUUCAAUUCAUAAUCUUUGAGUUUUAAUUUUUGUUGGAAGGAAAAGAGAAAUGUCGGUAGAGACAACAUUCUUCGGUGAUGACAGCAACAGAGGAGUGAGUAUCAACGGUGGUCGUUAUGUUCAGUAUAAUGUCUAUGGAAACCUCUUCGAAGUUUCAAAAAAAUAUGUUCCUCCUCUUCGUCCUAUCGGCAGAGGCGCUUCUGGCAUCGUCUGUGCUGCAUGGAAUUCGGAGACGGGUGAGGAAGUAGCGAUCAAGAAGAUUGGUAAUGCUUUUGGCAACAUUAUUGACGCUAAGAGAACUUUGAGAGAGAUUAAGCUUCUUAAGCAUAUGGAUCAUGACAAUGUCAUUGCCAUUAAAGACAUAAUAAGACCACCGGAGCCAGACAACUUCAAUGAUGUUCACAUUGUCUAUGAGUUAAUGGACACUGAUCUUCACCACAUUAUACGCUCUAACCAACCGUUAACUGAUGAUCAUUCACGGUUUUUCCUGUAUCAGUUGUUGAGAGGACUCAAGUAUGUGCAUUCAGCUAAUGUAUUGCAUCGUGAUUUAAAACCAAGUAACUUGCUCCUGAAUGCAAAUUGUGACCUCAAGAUUGGGGAUUUUGGGCUUGCGAGGACUAAAUCAGAGACAGACUUCAUGACAGAAUAUGUCGUUACACGUUGGUACCGUGCUCCAGAGUUGCUCCUUAAUUGCUCAGAAUACACUGCAGCUAUCGAUAUUUGGUCUGUCGGUUGUAUACUCGGUGAAAUAAUGACCAGAGAGCCGUUAUUUCCGGGCAGAGAUUAUGUUCAGCAGCUUAGACUCAUCACUGAGCUUAUAGGCUCACCAGAUGAUUCAAGCCUAGGAUUCUUAAGAAGCGACAACGCUAGAAGAUACGUAAGACAGCUUCCACAGUAUCCAAGACAAAACUUUGCCGCUAGGUUCCCAAACAUGUCGGUUAAUGCAGUUGAUUUGCUGCAGAAAAUGCUCGUCUUUGACCCAAACAGACGCAUUACAGUCGAUGAAGCUUUGUCCCACCCUUACUUAGCACCGCUACACGAAAAUAACGAGGAACCUGUGUGUGUGAGACCGUUCCAUUUCGAUUUCGAGCAACCUUCAUUGACGGAAGAGAACAUCAAGGAGCUUAUAUAUCGUGAAUCAGUCAAGUUUAACCCUCAAGAUUCUUAGUGUGUGAGACUUUAAGAGAAUCUUGCAAAGAAACUCAAAAGAAGCUUUUACUUUCUCUGUUUGUUCAUUGAAUUUCUGAUAUAGUAAAGUCUGUAAUAUAAAAUCAAAAGAGUC